GUCCUAUGGCUGUGCGCGACCUCCUCCAGGCUACCAGGCUCCCUCUGAGGCCUUCGGAGUGGAAUGGCCCCAGCAAACUGGCAAGAGGUUGGCUGCGACUUUAAAGAAUGUUUCGCAAGUGGCCAACAGCUCGGCUCUGGAAGCGGAGUUGGAGAGGUUGUGGCGAAGUAAGAAUGAUCUCCAUGGCAUCGGCUACACUUUGGGCUCGAGGUUUUGUUCGGCAAACAGCGUUCCCAACAGUCGACGGCUCUACAUGUCGAGUGCACGUGGGAAGAAUCUGGCGGCGAAACAGGGCAUCGGAUACGCACAGUUUGGCACCGGAGUCCUUGAUCAAGAUGAGUACGAUGCAUGGGAAGAGGUGUAUGAUCAUGAGACGGACAAGCAUUCUCACUACCAUCCUUCUUUGAGGGAUGAGGAAGUGGAGGAGACUGCACAUGCUGCCCUGAGUGACGUUAAGCCUGCCGCGUCGAUGCCGCAGACUGGCGACGUUCCGGGCUUUGUACGUGCGGGUGGUCAGGACAAGGAGUCACAGGAUCUCAGGCACUGGCAUCCGCCACCCGUGCCUCGAGGCUACAAAGGCGUUCAUCUCAUUGAGAUUUCACCACUUCAGGAAGCAGAAGAGGGCAGCAUGGAACACCGGAAGCUCAUGGAGUUUCGAGAAAAACAUGGCCAACAGCGGCUUUUGGAUCCGCGAUAUCGUGCUGAGCUGUUGGGCGAGCAAUCGCGUGCAGAACCGUCGCCCGAAAAUGACAUUGCGGCACCGCCAGCUCCUCCUGAGGCUGACGAGGCGUGCAUGCAGCGGUCUGCUGCUCCUUUGUGGCGGGUACCCGACCAGCACAAGCAGAACUUGCUCAAUGCUCUUGGCCGCCACUUUGUCAUGGGCCAGACGCAGGACAUGGAUGGAGCAGCCGCCCGCCACGAACCUUUCAAGAACGAUCCGAGCAAGCAGCAGCGUUAUGCCAAGUUCUGUUUAGCGAUGGAGGGCAAGGCUGCGGUUUCCGAAGCCCUGAAGGACUCGCAGGUGGAACGUGAUGUAGAGUUUGCCGAGUUCGGCCGGGUCUACCGUUCGUUCAGGCAACAGCAUCCUGAGGCAGAUAUUGUGAAGGCACUCGAAGAGAAGGCCUCCAGCCAGGCACCGCUGUUGCGAAGGACAGCGGUGCCUUGGACGCCGGACAAACUACUAUGCAGGCGGUGGGGUGUGCCGGAACCCAAACCUGACGGAUUCAGUGACCACGCUCCCGCGGCCCUGCCGCCCAAGCAAAAAAAGUACAACGAGCAGGUGAAAGGCAAAGACCACGCGAAGGCCUCGGCCUCGGCCUCGUCAUCAACUGGACCCAGUGAUCCAGACCCAGUGCCACAUGCCAAUGUUGCUCCCGGUGGCGAACUGACACGUCCUCCCAAGUCGUUGUUUGCAUCAAUCUUUGGUGAGUCCGAAGAAUAG